AAAAGAAAAGAGUCAGAGCUGGAGCAGAAGUAGCACUAUGGAGUUUGGCAUGUUAGCGCUGUUUACACUUUUCUCCUCCUUUUACAACGUGCUGGCGCUGUCGCCUCAAGGCGUGUGUCUCCUCCAAGUGGACGAGGGACCCUGCAAGGCAGAAAUUGAGCGCUACUACUACAACACUAUCACCCAGAAGUGCGAGAUUUUCUCCUAUGGAGGGUGCCAGGGGAAUGCCAACAACUUCAGGAGCUAUCAGGAGUGCCAGAAGACUUGUUUCAGAAUCCCAAAGAUUCCACAGAUCUGCAGGUUUCCUAAAGAGGAAGGACCCUGCCGUGCCCUCUUGCCCCGCUACUUCUUCAACAUGACCACCAUGCGGUGCGAGACCUUUUAUUAUGGGGGCUGUCGGGGGAACUCAAAUCGCUUCCAGGACCAUACCGAUUGCAUGGAGUACUGCAGCCCACAAAAAACCGUUCCCGUGCUCUGCCUGGACCCACUGGACGGAGGGAAAUGCUCGGCCUCUAUUACCCGGUAUUACUACAACACUGCAAAGAAGAUAUGCGAGGAGUUCACCUACUCAGGCUGUGGAGGCACCAGCAACAACUUUGUCUCCAGGCAGAGCUGCAUGGACGUGUGUGUUAAAGGAGAGAAAAAGUACAGAAGCCAAAGAAAAAUUCGACGCAUGAGACGGAAAAGAAAAUAUCCAUCAUUCAUGCAGGCGUAGGCGUCUCACAGAUGCUCACAGGGACGAGCCUGUAACGGAAACUACAAAGUAUUGAACUGCCUGUGCCAAACAAACGACAGAUCACAUUUGUUGUGAUUGGAAGAAUCUUAAAUACAUCUCGUAUUUGUAGGAUUUUUUUAAAAUGUGUUUUUACUGUAUAUUGUUGAUGACAUUU